UUUGUUUGCUUAUUGCUUAAUUUCCCUACAACUCUCAGUGCCAGGCUAUAAAAUAUAAUGGAGUUAGAUUUACCUAUCACUGGAGUUUGUAUUGUAUCAGAUCCAACAAAAUGUCCUCCAAAUUACACACUGAUUGAUAAAACAUAUGGAAGUAUACCAGAAGAUGCUGAUCUAUGGAAAGAUCGAAUGUGGGGUCGGAAAGUAACCAGAUAUUUAUGUGUAGAGAGAGGCUACUCAGAUCAGGCUAAGAAUGUACUGGUUGAUGUUGCUAUAAUAAAUGAAAAAGAUCCAGUCCCUCCAGGUUUUACAGUAGUUGAUCCUACGUAUGACACCAGAGAGAAAGCUAUUAAAAAGAAAGUAUUAUGUGUACGAUGGAUGGAUAAGUCAAUGACACUAGAGAUAAUAACAGAGUUAAUUUUACUGGGGAAAAAUGUUCGUAAACCUCCACAAACUUUUACAUUAGUUGGUGAAUUAAAUGGUUUAUGUAUUUGUUAUAAGAUGGGUAGACUGGCUCCUCCAGUCAACAACGUAAACGAAGUAAAAACAACCAACAUCAACCAUUACCAAAAUACAACCAUUGAUGUGUGUUUUGAAUCAGACUUGAAGACAACUAGUAAUUUUAUCUUAUUAUUCUAUCCAAUUUACCAGGUAAUAAUAGAACAGAAUAUGAGAUCAAAAUUAGGUUCCAGUCUACCGUACCCCAUUAACCCAGCUGCUACAACAUCAGCGCCCUCUAUUAAACCAGCAGGGGGUGAAAGUUCUACCGCCCAAGUUCAUGCAUUGGGAGGCGUUCCUUGGCAACUUAACCCUAAAUUACAAAGUAUUGCAGACCUGAAAAAUAUUGUAAUCCCCCAGAUACCAUAUAAAUCUUUAUAUGAUGUAUCAAUACAGUAUGAAUAUGAUUUUAAUAUUGAAAGAUCUAUUGUAUCAGGAAAAUGAAACUAACCAUCAUGUUCACUGGUUUUCUAGCGUGGUUCAGAUCAACAAGAAGUAGGCGUGUAACAAGAGUAAACAUGAAACAACAUGUUCAGUUCUACAGCUCUGUCAUAAUGUUAUUAUUUUCUCUCAAUUUAAGUUUAGUGUUAGUGUUUAUAUAACAAGUUUUAUUUUCAAAUUUAAGCUGG